AUGGUCUCCAGCACCGCGAAGAUGUGUCUGUCAUUUGCUGGAUGGCGGGCGCGGAACGUCUCAUCACGGCCCGACCUGGUACUUGAUCCAGGAUUUGUGCAUGACCGGUGGUCUGCGUGUGGAACUGAAUCUGACCUGGAGCGUGGCCCAGGAUAUGUUCAGGACGAUGUGGGUGUCAUGCGUAAGAACUUCAAGAUUUGGGUUCGCGAGAUAGAACUGACUGCUGGAAGACUACAUCCCGCGCUGCCUUUCUGCAAAGAUACUGAUGAUGAAUUUGAAGAUCGCUAG